GCCAAUGAGGAUGCUGUCAUGAGGAGAGGAGGUUGUCCGGUGAUUGGAGGCAGUUUCUUUCCCUGUCCCACUGCACUCCAAGAGGUCUGUCUCCCUGCUGGUCUCUCUGUCUGCAGGGAAUAAGAGCCAAGCACAGCUGGACUGCAUGGGACCACAGCUAGCCUGGAUGGCUCUGGGUGCAACUGGACCUGGCCUGAGAGAAGACCUAGUCUAAGUUGGUCUAAUUUGGAGCCGAGUUUAGGUGUAGCCCCCAUGCUGGAGCUGGACUGAGAGGGUCUUCCUGGAUCUGGUUUGGAGAGUCAGGAUGAGACCACAUCUCCUGCUGACUGCUGCCUUACUGGCCCUAUGGACCGUUGCCCUGGUGACUGGAGACUACACAGAUACACACCAAGACAGAGCUGAUGACAGCAACACAGAUGGACACAGAGACACCCAAUCAGUCUCAGGUAUAGACAUGCCUCCAAAAGACUUCCUUCCGGAAACACAGACAGAUUCCCACGGGGACACACAGACAGACACAUAUGAUCAACAUCCGGACUCAAACUCCCAUCCGGACGUACACGAACACCCAGACAGCCAUCGUAUCAGCAGUGGUCUGAUGCAGUGUGGGGAGUACAGUAACGAGGUGUUGCCUAACGGUCAGUGUCGAGUCACAGCCACGCUGCCUCAGCUCCAACACCAGCGCUGCCCAGACAUGUUCCGCUGCACUGAUGAAGUGUCCUACUGGCUGCAGGAGAACCAGGAGAGGAAGCAGCAGUUGCAGGACCUCCAGGAGACCAUCUCCGAGCUACAGGAGGAACUCCGUAGUCAUAGGCACCGAAUCAAGGUCCUGGAGCUACAGGGUGAGGAGAGGAACAACGUGAACGAGUCUUUAGAGGAUCGUUUCAGAGUGUUGGAGCUACAGUACGCUGAGGCUGACAACCUGCUGCACACCCAUAGUUCCAUCCUGUUUGAUCUGCAGACUCAGGUCCGGAACCUAACCAUGACGGUGGAACGAGUUAAACGUAACCCCGGCUGCAUGAUCAACAUUGUCAGGACCAGUCCUCUGCUCAGCGCCCAGGAGGCCCUUCACCCAGAGGUGCAGCAUGUGAGAAACUGUCCAAUAGACUGUGCAUCACUGUACUAUAACGGGGUGUAUCGGUCCGGUGUCUACACGGUGGUUCCCUCUCUGAGCUCCCAUCCUGUGGAAGUCUACUGUGACAUGGACACAGAGGGUGGUGGUUGGACGGUGUUCCAGCGGCGUCAGGAUGGGAAGGUGAACUUCAAUAGAGGCUGGCAAGACUAUAAGGAGGGAUUUGGAGAGCUCAGGUCUGAGUACUGGUUGGGGAACGAACACAUUCACCACCUGUCCACCCAGGGAGACUACAGCCUCAGGAUAGACCUGGAGGACUGGACACAUCACCACAAACAUGCCUUCUACCAGAGCUUCAGUAUUGAAGAUGAGGAGAACCACUACCGGCUGCAUGUGUCAGGCUACAGUGGGACAGUAGAGGACUCGUUCAGCUGGUACCAUGAUAAACAGGACUUCAGUACUCCAGACACGGGGGAUAUCUGUGCUGAGAUCUCACACGCUGGCUGGUGGUACCACCAGUGUUUCUAUGCCAACCUCAAUGGAGUCUACUACAAGGGUGGGCGGUACUCAUCUAAAGCCAAGACCCUGCUGGGUCCUGACGGUGUAGUAUGGUACAGCUGGAAAGAUUCAGACUACUACUCUCUCAGGAAGACCUCUAUGAUGAUACGACCUAGAACCUUCCGACCGCGCCUGUCACCGUGACGACAGCCCGAACCGACACACCGGCGGCACCGUGGGAGACCUGCUGAGGUCGCUUCUGACGUCACCGUGGGACGGGACGUGGGAUUGUCGUGACGUUACAGGAAGAGGUCGAAUAGGAUUAAGGCCAUUGGCUGAGGGCUCAUGAGGGAAGUCCCAUCCCUACCAGCGGGCCAAGAGGACUGGAGAAAACACGAGGAGAACGCUGGAAUGGGAUUGUGUCCAACUGUUCAUGGAGUCUAAGAGAGCGUGUAUGUGCUUUCUUUCUACUUUGAAAUACUGUUCCCAGGAGCCCUCAGACAAACUGUCCUGCUCUUCCACUGGAGGGACAUACACAAACUGUCCUGCUCUUCCACUGGAGGGCCUUACACAAACUGUCCUGCUCUUCCACUAGAGGGCCUUACACAAACUGUCCUGCUCUUCCACUGGAGGGACUUACACAAACUGUCCUGCUCUUCCACUGGAGGGCCUUACACAAACUGUCCUGCUCUUCCACUGGAGGGCCUUACACAAACUGUCCUGCUCUUCCACUGGAGGGACUUAUACAAACUGUCCUGCUCUUCCACUGGAGGGACUUAUACAAACUGUCCUGCUCUUCCACUGGAGAGACUUAUACAAACUGUCCUGCUCUUCCACUGGAGAGACUUAUACAAACUGUCCUGCUCUUCCACUGGAGGGACUUAUACAAACUGUCCUGCUCUUCCACUGGAGGGACUUACACAAACUGUCCUGCUCUUCCACUGGAGAGACUUAUACAAACUGUCCUGCUCUUCCACUGGAGGGACUUAUACAAACUGUCCUGCUCUUCCACUGGAGGGACUUAUACAAACUGUCCUGCUCUUCCACUGGAGGGACUUACACAAACUGUCCUGCUCUUCCACUGGAGAGACUUAUACAAACUGUCCUGCUCUUCCACUGGAGGGCCUUACACAAACUGUCCUGCUCUUCCACUGGAGAGACUUAUACAAACUGUCCUGCUCUUCCACUGGAGGGACUUAUACAAACUGUCCUGCUCUUCCACUGGAGGGACUUAUACAAACUGUCCUGCUCUUCCACUGGAGAGAUUUACAACACUGGAAAUACAUACAUGCUGUACAUUCUGCCCUGCUAUUCCUCUGUCUAUACUGUGAAUGCUAACGUACAUCUGUGAAUGUCAGUUUCUGUGAACUUGUUACUGCUUAAUUCGCUAUGAGAUCUAAAGUUAUGUGAUAAAGUAAGUACACCCUCAUAUUUGGACACAUGUAUAUUUGAGCUAAAUUCAAACCACAUUCAUUGAUAAAGGUAACACAAUUGAACAAAUAACCCCCCAACAAAUUGUACUACAAAAAUGUUAUGGAAUUAAAAUAAAUAAUAUUUUCUUAUCUGGAAAAAGUUAGUACACCCCGACCUUUACCAUCACAUAACGUGGCUCAAAUUGGAAUCAGGUACACCAAAACAGGUGACAAAGAUUAGAACAUCA